CUGUUGGCCACUAUUCACGAAGAACAAAAUGAUCUGCAGUCGGCUACAGCGCUACUUCAUAAGUACUUGGAGGUGGACAGAGUGACAUUGCCGGAAGCGGUGAACGCUCUGCUUAAGUUGUCAUCUCUUGCUAAGCGGUCUGGUGCGGAUCCUAUAAGCCAUCUGAACAAAGCGUUGAAGCUAGCUGACGGCUCUGGUAAUCUCGACGUCGUCGUGCUGGCGAGGUCUGCAAUGCUUCGUCAUUUGACAACAUUGAGACAAGCCGACAGCAAGUCUGAAAUUCAUCAUUUGCUUCAUUUGCAAAGAGAACUUCUCAAAUCUGACAUAAGUGUAUCCUCAAGAUCACUGGUUUUCGAAGAUUUGGCAGUGUGCGAGACUGCAGAGACUAGUGGAAUUGGCGAAAUUCACGCUCUUGAGCAGAGCCUUACCGAGGCUCAGGAAGCUAACAAUACCCGCCGUGAACUGUUUUUAUUGGAAAAAAUUGGAGAUUGCCUGCUGGGAAUGGAGAGGUACACUGAAGCGGAGGGAUUUUACCAGCAACUGCUCACCUUGGCUCAACAAAUGCGAGCUGUCACCCAAAUCAAACGAGCAUACAUGAAAUUAGCCAUUCUGGCUGCAGGAUUCCAGAAGUGGUCUCGUUGUUCAGAACUAGCCAGAAGAGCUCUCACCCUAUCUCGGUUCUUCUACGACCACGCCUCCAAGGCACACAUGAUAGGAAACAACGAACUUGCUCGAUCUAUUCUCAAGAAGACAGUUGAACGGUGUGAAGAGCAUGGACUCUACACAACAAUGGCACUGGCGACGAGAUACAUGGUGGAAGCGGCAAUCAGCUGCAAAGAGCAUAAUACGAUUAUCUCGGAGCGACUACGACGUCACUUGGAAUUGAUUGACCACGAAACGGAUCAGAAGGCAGUAUUGAGAUCAAUGAUCCGUUUGACCAAAUUCAGCGCCGACCUCGAUCACCUCACCAGCUUGAAAAUAAUCGCCGCAGCCAGAAAACUCGUUCGCAAUCUCAAUAUCCACGACCAGGCGGAUAUUCUCCUAGAAUGUUUCGACGUCUACUAUUCCUUGGGUAUGCUCGACGAAGCACGACAUCUCCUGAUUGAAAUGCUCGACAGCCCUUUACAGACGCAUAGGGACAUUCUGCUAAAGGCUGCUGAAAGGCUUACGGUAUUCCCUUUACGACGUCGAGUAACAUUGCUCCUCAAACUGGUCGAGCAAGGAUUUUUCGAUCGAAAGGUCCUCCCUCAGUUGGCAUUUUUCCUUCCAGAAUUCACUUUGAGAAUGAUUCCCGGUGGAAAGGAUGCACUGACUCGAAUGGUCUGCUACGUGCAGAUGGAUGAAUGGGUCAAAGCGUUGGCCUGCGCUGAAGUUGCACUGGUUGAUACUCUGCCGGCGUGUGCUCUCAAUGGGCUAUUUGAGAAACUCACUACUGAGGAGGCUGUCCAGCUAUUACUGCUGGUUGCUAAAUGGAAGACGAAGCAUUUCCUGCACUGGUCCAAUCUCCCUAAACUCAAUGACGCGACCUUCUGUCGAUUGUUUGACAUGGCAUUCUCCAGAAUCAUGCAGAGCGGCAUUGCUCUCCUACCUAACUCUAGAGCUCAUCUUCACGCCCUAAUGCUCCAUGGCGUGUUCGAACUCACGCAUGAGGCCGCCACAGCAAUCGAGAAAAUCAUCUGCGCAGCGAAUACCGGAUGUGGGGAAAUGAUAGCUAUGUGGUACGAUGAGCUGGUCCAGGAGUAUCUGAGCGAGCAGACGCAGGGGAUUGAAAUCUUUCCUUGCUCAUCCACAGAAUGCCAACUGAAAGUGGCUUCGGUGUUCGCCGCACUGCAGCAUGAAACACUUCAUGAGCAGCUCCAUGUUCUUGAGAUGUGCAAAUGGUUCAUGGACAAACGACUUGCGAAUAUACAUGGAAUUUCAUUGGAAGCUUCUCCGCCAUUUGUACUACCUAGCAAUCAGUCGUUCGCAUAUGUCUUUUGUGUUGGCGACGUUCAGCUGAUAUGGGUCAAGCUUAGAGGUUGUCAAGCAGUGAUCUCUAUCACGCUCAGAAACAGGAAUCUGUCAUUCCUCGAAGAGUGCUUGGUGCAGUAUCUGCAAAGACGGGCGAUUCCGGAGGCACCUGUGGAUUUGUCCCCGUUUGAACUUAUCUUCGUGAAUGAUCAAGACAGUCUUCCAGUCAAGCCCAAACUGUACAGCGUGCACCACUGCCCGAGUGAUCACUUCGAAGAAGAUUGGGAUCGCUGCAAAUUUUCGGAACAGACCCACAAUGAAAAGGCCACUGCGGUACUCAGCGAAAGACUCACCAUGUUUUCGCAAAGCACCGUCGCCAUUAUGGGCGCUGGAGAUUCCAUACUUCAUCCCGACAUCUGCCUUUCCAUAAGAAAGACUCCAUUACUUGUGAUAACUUUGGGUUCUCCUACCUUUGAUACCAUUCGCGCACUCUUUCUCUGCGGAACAAGUGUAGUGGUUGAAGUCGACGAAAGUACAAAGGAUAAGGACAUCAGACGACUCAUCGAUGCGACACGACAGCAACGCCAAGUUCAGAAAAUGGCAAAUUAA